AUGGACCCCCAAGCGAAGAGCCGCACCGGACCCGCGGCGAUGGCGGCCGGAGGGAGCUACGGCGGUCGCCCGGUCUCUCUCGGAGCAGACGGGGGCGACUCGGAGUCCGGAGCGGGCUCAGAGGAGGCUGCCAUGGGCUGCAGCGACACGUUCAGCAGCCUACCGGACAUGGAGCAGGAAUCUCUGGAGGACAAAUUACGCGGACUGGCGUUCAGAAAGCAGACCUCGUAUCGGAAAGCCAUCUCUAGAUCAGGCCUCCAUUACCUCGGCCCACCUCAGCCAACGUUCCCCCCAGCCUCCAACGGACCAAACAAGGAGCUCCGUACCUGUGUGGACUGGACGGAGAACGCAGUGAACGGAGAUCACUUGUGGACAGAGACGAGUUGUUCAGGAGAUCUCUGUUAUCUUGGGGAGGACGCUUGUCUCCUAAAGACCACAAAGUCGGCCCCCAGGAGGAAAUGCGCCGCUUGUAAGAUCGUUGUUCACACCAGCUGCAUAGAGCAGCUAGAAAAGAUUAACUUCAGAUGCAAGCCGACCUUCAGGGAAGGAGGAUCCCGAUGCCUCCGAGAUAACGUAUUGAGACACCAUUGGGUCCACAGGCGGCGGCAGGAGGGCAAAUGUAAACAGUGUGGGAAGAGUUUUCAGCAGAAGUUCUUCCACAGUAAAGAAAUCAUCGCCAUCAGUUGUUCUUGGUGUAAACAGGCUUUCCACAAUAAGGUGACGUGUUUCAUGCUGCACCAGAUUGAGGAGCCCUGUUCGCUGGGGGCCCACGCUGGAGUCAUCGUGCCUCCAUCCUGGAUCAUCAAAGUCAGGAAACCACAGAGCUCCCUGAAGAACUCGGCCAGGAGGAAAAAACGGACGUCUUUCAAACGAAGGGCGAGCAAGAAAGGACUGGAUGACUCAAAAUGGCGUCCGUUCAUCCUGAAACCCCUCCCUUCUCCUCUCAUGAAACCCGUCUUGGUUUUUGUAAAUCCAAAAAGCGGAGGAAACCAGGGUGCCAAGCUGUUACAGAUGUUCAUGUGGAUCCUAAACCCCAGGCAGGUGUUCGACCUGUCCCAAGGUGGACUUCGAGAGGCGUUGGAACUGUAUCGCAAAGUGCCAAACCUGAGGAUCCUGGCCUGCGGUGGAGACGGCACAGUGGGGUGGAUUCUCUCUGCUCUCGAUGAGCUGCAGAUGAAUCCUCAACCUCCGGUCGCUGUGCUUCCUCUGGGAACAGGAAAUGACCUCGCCAGAACGCUCAACUGGGGUGGGGGUUACACAGAUGAACCCGUGUCGAAGGUGUUGUGUCAUGUGGAGGACGGCUCAGUGGUGCAGCUCGACAGGUGGAACCUGCUGGUGGAGAAAACAUCCGUCCAGCCUGAAGAAGGCACCCAGAAGCUUCCUCUGAAUGUUUUCAACAACUACUUCAGCCUGGGCUUCGACGCUCACGUCACCCUGGAGUUCCACGAGUCCAGAGAGGCCAACCCGGAGAAGUUCAACAGUCGCUUCCGCAACAAGAUGUUCUAUGCCGGCGCUGCGUUCUCAGAUUUCCUCCAGAGAAGCUCCAGGGACUUGUCCAAGCACGUCAGAGUGGUGUGUGACGGAACGGACCUGACCCCAAAGAUCCAGGAGCUGAAGUUUCAGUGCAUCGUGUUCUUAAACAUUCCCAGGUACUGUGCUGGCACCAUGCCGUGGGGAAACACCGGUGACCAUCGAGACUUUGAACCACAGCGCCAUGAUGACGGCUGCAUUGAGGUUAUCGGAUUUACGAUGGCGUCACUGGCGGCGCUACAGGUUGGCGGUCACGGUGAGCGGCUUCACCAGUGCAGAGAAGUCGUCCUCACCACCUACAAGACUGUCCCUGUUCAGGUUGACGGUGAGCCGUGCAGACUGGCUCCAUCCACUCUGCGCAUCUCUCUGCGAAACCAGGCCAACAUGGUCCAGAAGAGCAAGAGACGCACCUCUGUGCCCCUACUCAACGAUAUUCAGAAGGUGUGUGCAGCUGAUCUGCGCCGCCUCUCUGCUCCCCCCGACUCCUUCUCUGUUCCUCACGCGGUUCCAGAUCGUUUGCGUCUCCGAGUCAAUCGGAUCAGCCUGCAGGAAUACGACCGGCUGCAGUACGACAAGGAGCGGCUGCGAGACAUCUCUAUCCCAGUUGGCAUUGUGGUUGUUAGGGGCGACUGUGACCUGGAGACCUGCAGACUUUACAUCGACAGAUUGCAAGAGGAUUUACACCAGGCGCCAUCUACUGGCCACAGAGUGCACUACCAGGAUGAAAACAGAAGUGUCUCAUUAACAGGUUCAACCAGUAGACUGUCUCCUAACUGGAGCUUCCUGGAUUCGACAUCAGCUGACCGCUUCUAUCGAAUAGAUAAGGCUCAGGAGCAUCUUCACUUUGUGACAGAAAUAUGUCAGGAUGAGGUCUUCAUCCUGGACCACGAGGGUCCGUUAGUGAGCCAGGGGUCAUCAGCUGGGAUGCCUGAUCUGGUGGUGGAGCCUGCUACUGGAGCUCCCCUGACAUCUGAAGAACAAGCUCUUCUCACUGCUGCCUCUACUGGGGAUCUUUUACUGCUGACUGAUAGCGUACGUCGAGGAGUCAGUUUGUUAGUAAGAGACUCUAGAGGUUGCUCCGCGCUGCAUCUUGCAGCCCAGAAGGGCCACAGAGAUCUGGUCAGCUUCAUACUGCAACAAGGGUCAAAAGUUCUCCUGGAUUUAACAGACAGAGACAAGGGGGAAACGGCCUUGCACAAAGCAGCCUCAGAGAAGCAGCAUGCAGUGUGUCGGAUGUUGGUGGAGGCAGGUGCAUCGCUGGAGAAGACAAACUUCCAGGGGAAGACGGCAGCAGACCAAGCAGCCGGAGACUCUGAGCUGGUAACCUUCCUCAUCUCCAAACGGCAGACUGCAACUGGCACCAAUGAGGACUUAGAGACUGCUGUCUGAGGCAUAAACACGCUCAUUUGCUCGAGCUUCGGACUCUGGACUCUGCACAGCCCUCCAGCCUGAGAGUAGCUGAGGGAAGUAUCAAACCCGUGCUGGAUUUAGGUCUGCGGCGCAGAGACGGACCAGGAAAGGCACUCCCCCUGUACGCAGCGCCGCUGCAGCAGAGAUUUUCAUGCUCAACUAUUUAUUUAUAUUUAUUUAUUCUAUUUAUUGGUUGUACUGGUUGGCUGACUUUUAACAAUUGCAAUUUGUCUUGUAAUGGAGUAGUUUUGGUCAUAUUUUACAACUAUAUUAAGUCUGGAAGAUGGUCAGAGUUGAGAUCAAAGCAGUAUAUUUAUCCCAUAAAAACCUGUGUGCCAAAGACGUUACACUGCUGUGGUGUCAUAUCUACUCCAAAUAUACCACCGGCUCAGGCGUCCUGCGUUGAUUUUCAUAGGUGUUUAGUUAUUAAACCUUCAGUCACAUGUCUCUGCUGUGUUUAUCAUCUGAGUCACCAGUGAGCUGAUGUGUCAAAGCUCAUUUUAUAAGGAAACAAGAACACACCGAACAGGUUUCCUCCUCUUCUCCUAACCAAGGCAUUUCCUGGAAACCAUCUCGUUCAGAGAGGAUAUGUGAGUCUUAUGUUGGACUUCCCAAGCUUAGACAAGAGUCACAACAGCUGUCUGUAAAAACCUCCAAAUUCAACUACAGGGUUCCUUUUUGAAAUGAUAUCAAAGCUUAAUUGUUGUGUAAAAGAGUUAAAGGACAUCUUUUCUGAAUCAUCAAAACAAACAUGAAUGUAGCUCACCUGUAACAAAGAUGCUAGCUUUUUUUCCCCCCUAUUAGUCACUUCCCAUCCUGUCUGUACGGUCAGUCUGGUCUGAAGUGGAGCCAAACUUCGUAAACAUCAGUAUCUAAAGAAACAGUUUUAUUUUGAACACAAUAAGCUUAGCUCUACUGUACGGAAAAACCUGCAAUUACUUAAAGACACCCGAGAUAAAAUGUGUAGAAAGCCUUGACAUAAAAUACUCUGUUGUUGCGGCAGCUGAAGCUUGAUUGGAAACAAGUAGAUUUAGUUUCUGAUGGGAAGAUCCCACAUUAAGAAAACUGCUGGCAACAUUAUUAAAACCCCUACUAGGGCUGAACGGUUUUGGAAAAUAAUCUAAUUGCGAUUUUUUUUUAGCUUAAUAUUGCGAUUACAUACGAUUUAUUUCU